AUGGGAGUUCCUGGCUUAUGGCGUUUGUUAGAGCCGGCAAGAGAGCCCAUAGAAUUACAACAGCUAUCUGGGAAAAUUAUAGCAAUAGAUAUGAACAUCUGGUUGCAUCAAGCUGUGAAAUCUCGAGGCGCAGCAGGUGGUCCUCGUAACUAUUUGGCCAUAUUUUUUCGUCGUUUAUGCAAAUUACUUUUCUUUGGAAUCAAACCAGUAUUUGUAUUUGAUGGUGAAACUCCAGCACUGAAACGAUCAACUAUGAAUUCAAGACGUCAGUUGCGUAGCCUGACCGAAGCAAAAGCAGAAAAAGCCCAAAAACAUCUUCUUCGUCGACUUUUACGUCGUGUUGCAGAAUCCUCUGUAAAAUCACUGUCAACGUCACCGGAUAAAGUAGAAUAUUUUGAGGAUACUGCGAAAAAUGAACUGUUAAGUCGAUUGAGACAACAGUCAGACUCGCAUCAAGCUAACGAAGAUGCUAAGAUGUUCUCAGCUCCAAAUCAUGACUCAACUUCUACAGCAUGUAGCAAUGAUAAUAAUCGUAUGCUGAGUGAAAAGGCCGGUCUAGAAUACGAUGACCUGGCGCAUGAUUAUCUGGAUGCUUUCUAUUCAUCGGAUAAGAAGUUUUCUGGGGUUGAUCUCGACUCAGAUGCAUUCCGUGCACUUCCUUUACCAGCUCAAUUACGUGUUGUUCAGCUGUUGAGAGAAAUAUUAGACUCUAGUUCAUGCCGUAACAAUUUAGUGCAAUUUGAUGAUGAAGCACAAUUUAACCCAGAACAGUUCUCAGAUGUUCAAAUGAAACGUUUGCUUUUACGUCGUCGUUUAGCAGAACGUCAACAAGAGUUAUCUGAUAAUCUAACUAAACAAGAAGCUGUUCAACAAAUUCUUCAGUUAAACAAUUCUAUGAUAAAAAAUAUUCUAACGAAUCAAUCGUUAUUUUCAACUUUACCGUUUUCCAAUACGACACAGCCGACUACUGCUUCAGAGACUACUGAGACCAUAGCUACAGCUAUGCGUAUUCAGUCACAAGAUGUAGGACAUGCCAUACUCAUUAAAAAAUCUCCAGUGAAUCAAUUGGACGAACGAACUAAAUUGCCUUCAUCUACAACAUUGAAUCUUGAAAAAUUAAUUACAUAUAAUACUGAGAACUUAAAUGUGUCUGAUGAAUGCAAAAAAGUGGAAAUUUCAAAAGAGGACCAGAACAAAGAAAUACCUAAUGAUGGUUAUAUGAGUGAAAACCUAUGUUCAACACAAAAGACAAAUAUUUCUACAAAUGAAAAUAUUGUAUAUAACUCUGAAUGUACACCAAUAAAACUAGUUAAUAUCAAGGAAUAUUCAUAUGAACAUCAAGUGUCUAUCUUAUCACAUGUGACUGACACUAAAAGCCAACUUAAUAAUAAUUGCGAAAAUUACAAUCAACCACUUACGAAAAAUUCUUUAAAUGAUAAUAUAUCCAAUGACUUUCUUCCAGAAAGUUCAUCUACUAUUCCUAAGUUUGAUAAGUCAUCGGAGUUUAUCGAAUUACCUAUUCCAGAACAUUCAUGUGACCUUAUGGGAGUCAAAAAUGAUGAAAUUACUGCUGAAAUUAAUGUAUUGUCUUCUGAUAUACAUGAAUCAAAAUCUUUACAAGUACCUCAUCAGGACAAAUAUGAUGAGAUCAAAAGUAGCAGUGAUGAUAACGAUGAUGAUGAUGACUUUAUCGAAGUUGAAACUCACGAACAAGUUGAAAUUUCGAAUACAUCUACUGACUCUAAUUCAUCACAAGAAUAUUCUGUCGAUGAAAACAAUGUUCAAAAUGAGGAUAAAUUAAAUUCUGUCUUCACUGAAGAAGAAUUAACCAGUAAAGAAGUUUCCUAUGAAACUAAUCAACAGAAAGCUGUAUUAUCAUCUGAAUUAGUCGUGGAUGACUAUACCAUUGAUGAUGAUAGUGAUGAUGUAUUGAAAGAAAAAGCUGAUCGUUUGAUGCGUCAAGCUCAGUCGACAACUACGCGUUGUAUUUCAGAAGCCCAGGAUCUACUUCAUUUGUUCGGAUUUCCAUUCGUAGUUAGUCCAGAAGAAGCAGAAGCUCAAUGUGUAGCUUUACAACGUCAUGGUCGAGUUGAUUUAGUUGCAAGUGACGAUUCAGAUGUAUGGCCAUUCGGUGUUAAACUUGUCUGUCGUCAUUUGUUUGGUACUGGUGGUGGUGAUAAUCUAAAAAGAACAACAAAUCCUUCCAUUUACAAACUGGAUGAAGUAAAACGUAAAUUAGGCCUUACUAUAGAGAAUAUUCUCCGUUUGACGCUUCUCUGUGGUAGCGAUUAUACACAUGGAAUUGAUCAGGUUGGUCCAGUUACAGCUAUUGAAAUAUUGAGUGAAUUUGAUGAUGGUGAUGAUUAUUCAUUAAAUUGUGAAAUUAACAACUGGCUUCAUGGUGUUGUUAAUGAACCUUCCGAAAAAUUACUUCAUGAUAUCUUACAACCACUACAACAAUUCACACAUUGGUGGCAAACUACUCGUUCACAAAAUUCUUCACAAUCAAUGAAAAUACUUCGAAUAGCUGAAUCGAAUCCAAUUAGACGUCGUUGGAUAAAUUUGAAACCAUAUCCAGGGUUUCCAGAUAGCCGUGUUGCACGUGCUUACCUCUACCCAAAUGUCAAAACCGAUUUGCCGCCGUUUAAAUGGGAACCACCGAAUGUACCGCUUCUUGUCAAAUAUCCUUUUUUUGAAGAAAAGAAAACGUCGCAUAACUAG